GCAUGAACCUCACCCCCGACAACGUGGUCGUCGCAAUCAAGCCGGGCUCCGAGGCGGCGGCCUGCGGCCUCAUCCAGCCGGGCGACCGCGUGCUGCACCUCAACGGCCACGCGGUCUCCGUCGACGAGCCGGUCAAGAGCUUCGCCAUCGACCUCGCCGACGGAGCCGCCGCAACCUUCUCCCUCGUGCGGCACGCCGACACGGACUCGGCCGGCGGCGCGGCGCACAUCCCUGUCGUCGACGGCUCGCCCGCCACGCCGCCGCAGCAGCCCGCCGCGCCGGCGGCGGCGCCGCCGCCGCUGAGCGCGGAUGACGACCUCGCCCGCAGGCUAGCUGACCUCAAGCGGGGCUGA